AUGGCUGCAAGUGGGAUGACUGGAAUGGCCGCUACAGCUGGAGUGACUGGGAUGGCUGGAUUGACUGGCAACUUGACUGCUGGCAUGGCCGCUACAGCCGGCAUGGCCGCUACAGCCGGCAUGGCCGCUACAGCCGGCGUAGCUGGCGGCAUGGCCGGCAGCAUGGCUCCGUACUGUGCGCCGAGUCGCAUGCUCGACGCGGGCGCGCGGGGGCUGGGCGCAUUCGGCCUGGCGGAAGAGCCAAGCCAACUCGGGGUGGGGGGGGACAGAGUCGCGCUGUUGGGCCGUUCUGCCGCGGGGGCGGGGGCGGGGGCGGGCGCGGGAGCGGGGGCGGUUGGGGCGGCGGGGAACAACACGGUGGAGCUGGGCGCGUUCGGGCUGUCGGAGGAGCUGAGCCAACUGCGCCGCGACCGCGGGGUGCUGAUGCGCGAGCUGCUGCACUCGCGGCAGCAGGCGGCGGCGAGCGCGGAGAAGCUCGCGCUGCUGGAGGCGAACAUGGCGGCGCAGGAGCAGCGCCAGGCGCACAUGACGGCGUUUCUCGCGCACGCGCUCAACAACCCCGCCAGCCACGGGGGUUCUUGUAUCGGUGCUGGGGUUGGAGGAGGAGAGCGAGGGAGUCCAGAGUGGUUGAGAGCGGUUACUGCUGGGAUGGGCGCGGCUGGUCUCGGUGCCCCUGGUUUUGCCGCCGCUGCUGCUGCUGCUGCCGCCGCUGCUGCCGCUGCUACUGCUGGUGCUGGUGCUGCUGCUGGUGCUAAUGCUAGCAAUGGAGCGGUUGGGAUGUAUGUGGAUGGGUGCACGGACCUGGGCAACACUCACAAGCGUGGUUUUGACAGCAGAAACACGGGUUUCCCUCAAAACGGCAUGACAGCCGCCGCAGUCAUGGGCAUGGGCACGGAUUUGGGCGGUGGGAUUCGAGGCAUGGGGGGUAUGGGAGGGAUGGAAGGGAUGGGAGGGAUGGGAGGGAUGGGAGAGGUGGAAGAAUUGGGGACAGUGAGAGGAAUCGGGGGAGCGGGAAACAGUGCGGGUGCGGGUGCGGGUGCGGGUGCAGGUGCGGGUGCGGGUGGGGGUGCGGGUGCGGGUGCAAGGGUGAACCUAUUCCCCCCGCAUGGCAGCAAGGAGCAGGCAACAGAAACAGCGGCAGCAGCAGGAGGAGGAGGAGGAGGAGGAGGGGGAGGGGUGUAUUUCGUGAGCGGGGCGGGCAACAUGGGUAUGCACUCGCAGAUCUUUUUCAAGCGGCACAAGAACAGCAGCGGCACCAGCGCCGGUGCCAGCACAGGUGUUGCUGGUGCUGCUGCUGGUGCUGCCAGUGCUGGUGGUGGUGGUGGUGGGGAGGAGGGGACUGCGUUUUGCAGUGGCAGCAGCAGCAUGGGCGCUGCGUCUGCUUUUGACCAUGGCAGUGCGGAGCCUUCCAGGAGCUUUCUCCCUGGGCUUUCGGGCAACGACCUUCAUCACCUCUUCCCACCCCCUGCUGCUUCUGGUAAAGCUGCAGCUGCAGCUGCUGCUGCUGGUGCUGCUGCAUCCGCCUCUGCUGCCGCCGCUGAGAAGGCCGCUGCUAACAGCAACAAGUUGAGUACUCAGCAGCAGCAGGCACAGCAGCAGCAGGAGCAGGGCGAGAAGAAUCACAAUCCCGAGGUCGCUUAUAACGAGUACGGGCUCAGCGAGCCGCUGACCAACCCGUUCGGCCGCCCGCCGCCGCCCGGAUUCACCAUGGAGCGGUUUGACGUGCUGGGCGGGCAGCUGGUGUCGUAUCUGACCCCCAGGGGGGCUGCUGCCGCCAGUGCUGCCGUGGCUGCUGCUGCAGGCCCCCUCGGCGGAACCCUGGGGGGAACCCUUGGGGGAUCCCUUGCAGGGGGGUUUUCAGGGCAGUUUGGGGGCCCCCUUACAAGGCAGCUUACAGGCUCCUCCCUUGGUGGGCCAAGUGCGGAGCAGCUUGCAGGGGCGUUUGCCGGGGCGUUUGGAGGGGUGGCAGGAGCAGAGGGAGUGUACGAUAGCGUAUUUGGACCCAGUGCAGCAUCAAGCGUCCCUGCCCUAGCUACAUCACUAGCAGCAUCACUGGCAGCGUCAAACGCGGCAGCUGCUUCAGCAGCAGCGGUGGGGACGGGCAUGGGCACGAGUAUGGGCGCAGCAGCAGCGUUGGCAGGAGGUUUCCUUGCAGGAACAGCUGCCCUGGGAUUGACAGGAGGAGGCUCGGCAGUAGGAGGUUUGGCAGUAGGAACGUCAGGCCUGUCAGGCUUGUCUAGCGGAUUAUCUGCAGUGCGGAGUCUGGGUGCGUCUGUAACUCCCUCCCUGCUAUCACCCCCUGGGUUACCACCACUCGUGCCUCCCGUGCUGCCAUCAACAGCAGCGGCAGCAGCAGCAGCAGCAGGUUCUAUGUCCGCUGCUGCUGCUCUGUCCACUGCUGCUCGCAAAUCAGAUCUGGCACGUGCAGCAGCAGCAGCUGCAGCUGCGUUUUCCUCCCCGCUAAUGGGCACAGGAGCCGCACUCACUGCCGCUGCUUCUGCCGCUUCCUCUGCCGCUGAUUCUGCCGCUUCCUCUGCCGCUGCUUCUGCUGUUUUGGAGGCGCCUGUAGUGGGAUCGUCCGGAGCUGCAUUCACUGCAACGGCUGCUGCUGCAGCACUGGCCCCCAUCCGCCAUAUAAGCCGCCCCAUAGGGCCUCCUAUAGGUCCCCUCACGGGACUCAUCCGCCCUAUAAGCCUUCUCGGUUCCACAGACCAAAAUUCGCUACUAACAUCUCUUCCACCCCACUCUGUGCCUCCGUCUCUGCACCUUUCAUCUGCUUCCCUUCUUUCCUCCUCUCUCCUCGCCUCCUCCCACCUCUCCUCUUCCCAACUCUCCUCCUCCCACCUCGCCUCCUCCCACCUCUCCGCCUCUUUCCUAUCCUCCGCGGCCCUCUCUCUCUCCCCAGCAGAGCUCUUUGCUGCCGAGGCAGCUCACUACACGGCCACUGCCAUGCCUCCUCCCUCUAGCCCCGCUCCCUCUAGCCCCGCUCCCUCUAGCCCCGCUCCCUCUAUCCCCGCUCCCUCUAUCCCCGCUCGCCUAUCUGCCGUGAAUGUUAACCAGCGUCCUGCUCUCGCACCCUUGACCUCCACCCUCGCACCUCCCCACCCGUGCCCUCGUAGUCCGCCUCCUCUUGCUGGGGCUUUGCUACCUGGCAUUGCUCCCCCUCUUCCUCCCACUGUACCUCCCACUAUUGCUCCCGGCCUUACUGCUUCAACCCUCACUGCUUCAACCCUCACUGCUUCAACCCUCACUGCUUCAACCCUCACUGCUUCGAGCCUCGCUGCCUCGACCCUAGUCCCUGUGCUACCUGCAACACCGAUCCCUUUGCUGUCACUCCCUGCAACCACGUCGGCUACAGCCUCUCCAGCCGCUACAGCUGCCACUGCCCAAUCGUUUGAUGACGCUGCUAUAGCAGGUAGAGCCGCUACAGCUUCCGCCCUGGCUGCUACAGCUGCGAGCAUGGGGAUGAGUCACAGUGCGUCUGCGGUGUUCAGAGGAGAGGGGGAGGCUGAUGAUGAGGCGUUUUGGCAGCAGCUGCUGAGUGAAGGGGGUCAAUAG